AUUCAAAAGUACAGCAAUUUUGUUAGCAGUCCCAUUUUUGUUAAUGGAAAAAGGGCAAACAAAGUUCAGGCUGUUUGGUUAAUGGAUCCUAAAGAAACAACGCAAGAAAUGCAUAAUGAGUUUUUCCGUUACAUUGCUAAUUCUUAUGAUCUACCCAGAUAUUGUCUUCAUUACAAGACUGAUUCUCCAAUCAAUCUAAGAUGUUUACUGUAUAUACCAGAAGGCAAACCUGGUCUGUUUGAAAUGAGCAGAGAGGUUGAAUUAGGUAUAGCUUUAUAUAGUCAAAGAGUUUUAAUAAAGAGUAAGGCUGACAUUCUGCCGAAAUGGUUACGUUUUGUUCGAGGUGUGAUUGACAGUGAAGACAUUCCACUUAAUCUUAGUCGAGAACUUUUGCAAGAUAGUGCUCUCAUUAGGAAGAUUUCCACUAUGAUUACCAAUAAGUUAUUGCGAUAUUUGCUUGACCAGAUGAAGAAAGACCCAGAAACAUAUUUGCAAUUCCAUAAUGACUAUAGUAUAUUUUUAAAAGAAGGAAUUUUAUCUAUCAGUGAUCAAGUUCAAAAAGAAGAAAUAGCAAAGUUAUUGCUGUUUGAAUCUUCUUUGCAAGCACCAGAAAAAAAAGUUAGUCUUGCUGAAUAUGUUACUCGAAUGAAAGAAGGCCAAAAGGAUAUUUACUUCUUAGCAGCUCCCAGUCGGCAUCUGGCAGAAGUAUCACCAUAUUUUGAAGCUGUAAAACAAAAAGAUGUGGAAGUCCUUUUCUGCUAUGAGCCAUAUGAUGAACUUGUUUUAUUCCAGUUAAGACAGUUUGACUUCAAAAAUAUUAUUUCUGUUGAAAAGGAAAUGCGUAGAGAAAAAGAAGACACGUCUGUUGAUGAUUUAGGUCAGGAUGCUUUACCUAAAGAAGCUGCAGAUAGUUUGUUGAAGUGGUUAUCCAACACCCUAGGAUCUAAAGUACAUAAAAUAAAAGUAACAAAAAGAUUAUCAACUCAUCCUUGUUUAAUAUCUGUUGAAGAAAUGUCAGCAGCACGCCAUUAUGUUCGAACGUCACUGCAAACAAUGACUGAAGAGCAACGUUAUAAAAUUUUAGAGCCUACAUUAGAGUUAAAUUUAAGUCAUCCAAUCAUCAAGAAAAUGAAUUCCUUACAAAACAGCAAUCCAAAAUUGGCUGAGUUACUUGCUCAUCAGGUAUUUGAUGCUGCAAUGGUUUCAGCUGGAUUAGUAGAUGAUCCACGUAAAGUAACUACAAAUCUCAAUGAACUGUUAACCAUGCUUUUGGAAAAGUAUUAGUACUGUAUUCAUAAAUCAAUUUUGCCAACUAACUUCAACUUACGAAGUGCUUUAUUAUUUAGAUGCAACAAUCUGAGUUUUCAAUAAAAUCCUAUCAAAUUGUUACUUAAAUUAAGUCAUUUAAUAGUAAAUACUUGAUCAUUGCAUUUCCUGGGCCACACAGGAUUUUUCGUUGUUAAUGUUCUCAUAGACAACUACAUUUAUUGCUGUAUUGAGCACAGGGCUAGAAAAAUCUUUAAAAUUUUACAUGCCAUAUCAGGCAUGUUUGUCUAAAAAAUACAUGCCUGUAUGAAAGUUUUACUUGUCCACUUUUUAUUUUAUUGUAUAAUAAUAAAAAUA